AUGUGUUCACAAGGUUACAGUGUUGCACCCCACCAUUCUGGUGUUUAUCCAGUUCAUGAACCUCUGUAUGAUGCAUGGAAGAAAGUAUGGAAUGUGAGAGUAACGUCUUCAGAAGAAUAUCCUCAUCUACCAGCAAGACUUAGGAGAGGAUUCAUUCAUCGCAACAUUAUGGUAUUGCCAAGGCAGACUUGUGGUCUUUUCACCCAUACAAUAUUCAUAGAUAAAUACCCGGGAGGACGUCAGGUGUUAGACUCCAGUAUCCAUGGUGGAGAAUUGUUUCAGACAAUUGUCUUCAAUCCAAUAAGCAUCUUUAUGACACAUCUGAGUAAUUAUGGGAAUGACCGCCUGGCUUUGUACACUUUUGAGUCAGUGAUCAAAUUUGUCAAAUGCUGGACCAAUUUAGUCUUGCGAACUAUACCACCUCUGCAGCUAGGCGAGAAGUACUUCCAUAUGUAUCCUGAGGAAGCUGACCCUAUUUGGGGGAAUCCAUGUGCUGAUCACAGGCACAUUGAAAUUUGGGCUAGAAAUAAGAGCUGUGAGCAGCUUCCAAAGUUCCUGGUUAUUGGUCCACAGAAAACAGGAACAACUGCACUUUAUACCUUUCUAGCCAUGCAUCCUGCCAUUGUUGCCAAUUAUCCGUCUCCUGAAACUUUUGAAGAAGUACAAUUCUUUAAUGGGAAGAACUAUUUCAAAGGCAUUGACUGGUGA